UGACAUUAGUGAUGGAGGAGGAUCAGCCAUAUCCUGAUCAUCCAGAGAGGUUUGAAUCCAGUCCUCAGCUGCUGUGUAGAGAUGGUCUGACUGGUCGCUGUUACUGGGAGGUUGAGAGGAGAGGAGGGGUUCAUAUAUCAGUGAGUUACAGAGGAAUCAGGAGGAGAGGAGACAGUGCUGACUGUUGGUUUGGAGGUAAUGAUCAGUCCUGGAGUCUGAUCUGCUCUGAUGAUGGUUACUCUGUCUGGCACAAUAAGAGAAGAACAUCCAUCUCCUCCUCCUCUGUCUCUGGUAGAGUAGCAGUCUAUGUGGACUGUCCUGCUGGCUCUCUGUCCUUCUACUCAGUCUCCUCUGACUCACUGAUCCACCUCCACACCUUCAACACCACAUUCACUCAGCCUCUCUAUCCUGGGUUUGGGUUUGGGUUCUUGUCUCCUGGUUCCUCAGUGUCUCUGAGUCCUCUGUAGGACGGAGAGUCUCCU